AUGCACCGGGGCCCGCCGGCGUCCCGGCCCGGGGCUGGACCUGGAGCUGACCGACUCGCCGGCGAGACAUCUCCAGACUCCUCUGUGGACCCUCCCGGACCCCAAAGAGGUCUAGAGACGCCCUGCUCCAGCCGCCCCCCUCCCUCAGCCGCCGGGCCUGGAGACGUCCACCUGCUGCUGGACAGGGGACUCCUCACCAGCAGAGUCCACUGUCCACCUCGUCCUCAGCACCGGGACACCCCAGGACUGUGUCCUCGGUCCACUCUGGUCCUCCCUGUUCGCCCCCACUGCUCCACCGGGGACGGCAGGACAGCGGACAGACCAGCGUCCCCCGUCUACAUCAACAAUGGAGGAGUGAGUUCUGCUCCGCUGGAGGAAACGACAACUGCUGAAGUUUCCAGAACCGACCCGGAGAACCCCGAGACUUUGGAGGAGCUGAAGUCUGAUGAGCGCCCCCUGCUGGAGGGAGACAUGCUGCAGCCUGAGGACCGGAACGCCGUGAGCAGAGUGUGGCCCACGCUGGAGAUCCCCUACGAGAUCAGCCCGGAGCUGGCUGGACGGAGGGACGAGCUCCUGGCUGCCAUGGCGAUGGUGUCCAAACACACCUGUGUGAGCUUCCACCAGCGGGGGGCCGAGAGGGACCACCUGCUGUUCACCAAGGGCAAGGGCUGUGCGUCCUACGUGGGCUUCAUCGGCGGCCCUCAGCAGGUGUUCGUGGGGCCCCGGUGCACUGUGGGUAAUGUGGUCCAUGAGAUCCUCCACGCUCUGGGCUUCUACCACGAACACACCCGGACGGACCGGGGGGGAUACGUCACCAUCGUCCUGCAGAAUGUCCUGCCAGGGAAGGAGAGGAACUUCAAGCAGCGGGACGGACAGACGUUCGGCCUGCCCUACGACCUGCAGUCCAUCCUGCACUACGGGAGGAGCUUCUUCUCCUCCAACGGUCUUCCCACCAUCAUCGCCAAGGAGGACGUGGAGGACAUGGGACAGAGAGUCCGGCUGACGGAGACGGACGUCCAGAGAGUGAGACGGCUCUACAAGUGUGACGCUCUCAGGCCUCCGUCCAAGGGCAGAGCAGGGAAAGAUGGAGGACGACGUCUCCACCCAUGUCCUCACUACAUCAGCCAGCACACUGAGGCAGUGACCCCCGUCCUCCCUGUCCUCCCCGUCCUCUGAAAUAAAGCCG